GACAUCACAUGAUCAACAGGACGUUACGUCACGAUCACGUCACGGCUAUAGACCCUUCCCUACCAUACAAUAUAAUAUCUCAUGACGUUGAGUAACAGCUGAACCGCUAGCAGUCUGAGUAGCGAGUCUUCGACGGUGUGAACGUUUGGUAGGUGAGCCAUUCUGACAUCACUCAAGAUGGUCCGACCACAUUUUGGACCUACUCGCAUAAAGCCCAGAGCAUAUGGAGAUGGCCAUAGCAGCGGACCAAGGGACGGUAAUUACUCCCCCAGCUCAAAAUCAAGAAGAGACCCCAAUGGCACCCCAGGAAAGUCCCCUGCAAACUGGAGAGAGUCGAGAGGUAGAGGACGACCCCCACCUGACAGAAGAGGUCCACCUAUGGCAGACCAAAGAGAGACACGUUUCAAUAACUGGAGGUCACACAAUGAGAAUACCUAUCAGUCAUAUCCUCCCAAAAUGGAACCCCAUCACAGCCAGAGGAGACUACCUUCAUCCAGGCCCAACCGCUCCCCUCAUGCCCAACAUCAGUCAUCAGCCCGCAGUCCCCAGUCCAGAGGGCCCCCGGGUCAUAGGGGCCCUCCUCCCCAUGGCCACUCCUCUGGUCACAGGUCACCAUCCCCAAGACAUUUUCGUGGCCAUCCAGGUGACAAAAGACCAGGCUCUGCACCAGCUUUCCAGGGUUCAUUCAGAGGUCCCAAAAGGCAGACAGAUUUUCCCCACCACGAGCAGAGGCUUCGAGGCCCCCGUGAGGAUUUCAGUCCAAGAGGGAGGCCCUUUGCCGACUCUGGUCACGGAAUGAAGCGGUGGAACAACAAUGGAGCAUUCGCUCAUCAGCACAACGGCGAACAUGGGCCCUCCGGCUCUCAAAGGAGCCCAAGAGAGAUGCAGGGGAGAGGCUCGUGUCCAGAGAGGUGGUCAUCACAGCAAGACCCCAGGAGGCAGCAUGGUCCCAUGGAGAGGCAGGGCAGCAGACCCCACGGCAUUGAGAGUGUAAAAGAUGUCCCUCGCUUGCCCCUAAUGAGGCCCCCACCUUGGAAAGGAGGCCCUCCGCCAUCUUCAUCCUUCCAAAGGAGUCCCCAGGAUCGGCAACUGACAGGCCCCCGUAAGAGGAGACUAUCAGACAUCAGCCUGUCCUCAUCAAGCCCUACACAGGAUCACAGUGGCCCCAAGUACCCCAGGAGAGAGAGAAUUCCACUCCUCAGUAUUCCCAGGCCUUUUGGUGGUAGACCCUUAUCACUUAGGGAUAAAAGUUUCCUGUUUAAAGGCAGACAAAUGAGAUUUGAACCCCCCGUGAGGCUCAGAAUUCCUCCACCCUUUAGACCCAGGCCCCGCUUGGGUGAUGCGCCCUACCGGGGACCUCCCAGCUCCGUUCUUGCUAUUAGGAAGAGGCGCUUCCAGUCGAAUCCAGUUCCCCUGAAAAAACUGGAACCAAGGAAUACAAGACCUCAACAGUCCCCUGACAGAGAUGAUGGUGCAACCAGCAGGUCCUCACGUGACUCUGAUAGCGGAAAUGAACAGGUGGAGUCUCGUCGGUCCUUGAAUACACACAGAUCUUCUCCUGUUGAGAAACGUGACCUUGUUGUUGUGUCCCACUGGGCAGCUGGUCAGAGCACUUCGAAGGAUGACUCUCCUGCCAAAGAUCGUAGUCCUAAAUCAAAGACAGAACGCAGUUCAGGCACGUCAAAAGUUGAAUCCAGGUCACCAUCACCUGACAGAAAACGGGGAUAUUUGGAAAAGAGAAUAUUCAGGCCAGCGAAUUUAAUGUCAGAUUCACGGCCCUACAGACGACCUGGCCCCAUGCAACAACGAAAGUUUCCUGGCCCAAGGAGGUCCGGCCCUGAACCAUCUGGGCAUAUAAGAAGACCACUCAUGGAGAGCCUAGUGCCACGCCCCUUCCCAAACCAGAAGCCGGUUUUCCGAAAAAGUCAUAGCAUCAUGUCCAAAUACCGCAACAUGAGAGUGAUUCGACAACGCCCUCCUUACAACCGAGGACCAAGCCAACAACGCUGGUGACCACUUAAGGUCCUGUUGCUGGAGACUCAGGAAAGAGUCCAUACUUGUACAUAAUGGUGUUGUUUCUUACGUUUUAAGUUGCAUUCACAAUGAACCUCCACUUUAACAAAACCUUGUAGAUUAUGGUGCUGUUGACGUGUGUGUGUGUAAGAUUUGGGGCUUAAGACUAGAAAAGUCAGAAUAAUGCUGCACUUUUUUAUUUUAUUGUAUAUUGUAGAAAUUGGGGCGCUUUCAUUAUAAGCUGCUGUCAAGACACUAACCUCCUAUUGUAUAUUUCUUUUGUUCAGUUCAUCAUUUCUGCAGUUUGAAAUAAAAUGGUGAAGCUCAGUAUAA